AGCUGUUUGCAUUUUGUCGACGCGCCCGAAAAUACAAGUGUUGAAUAAAUUUGUUUAAAUAUUUCAGCUUAAAAUAUCAUUAAAAUGGAUUUAGAGAAUGAACGCGUGUUAAAAUUGAUUUUCCCGGAUGGUUUGCCAGAGAACCUACGCGACAAUCCAGAACUUUACAGUUAUCUAGCUAAUUUGGGCACCUACAAGGUUGAGCAACUGAAGAAGGAGCAAGCGCGUUUGGCCGACGAAAACAAACGUAUUGUGGAGCAGACGCAGGAGUUGGCCAUUUCCAAUUAUAGAACAUUCAUACAUACAGCCGAGAAUUCGCGUUCAAUUUUCACCGAAUUCAAAAAUACAGAAGAACAAGUGGGCACCUUGCUGGAUAAAUUGCCCGUCUUUACGGCGGAGUGUGAAAAAUUUCUCGCCAAAGCGGAGGAUAUAAAUGAGGAAAGACGCAUUAAUUCGAUUACAUUGAAAAAGAAUGCACAGCUGCUGGAGAUACUUGAGCUGCCGCAGCUAAUGGAGCGUUGCAUACGCGAGGGCCGUUAUGAAGAAGCAUUGGAACUGGCAAGUUAUGUGCAGAAAUUAGGACACAACCAUAGUGAUAUACCGAUUAUAAAGAGUAUUGUACACUCAGUGGAGGCGCUUUGGCACACAAUGUUGGUGCAGUUAGUGGCGCAGUUGCGCACCGAUUUACAGUUGCCCAAAUGCUUGCAAAUUGUUGGUUAUCUACGACGCAUGCAGGCAUUUAGCAAUAAUGAAUUGAAGUUGAAAUUUCUGCAAGCGCGUGAUACGUGGCUUAAAAGCACAUUGAAAGCGAUCGCCAAGGAUGAUGCUCAGCAACAUUUGACCAAAACCAUUGAGGUUACGCGCAUUAAUUUAUUUAAUAUUAUAACACAAUAUCGCGCGAUAUUUCCCGAUGAUGAGCCGAGUGUAGUGACAGCCGCCAAACCAAUGCAAGGGGUGACUUGUGAGGGUGAGCGUUUGUUUCAGGCAUGGCUGCAUAGGAAGAUCGACGAUUUUCUGCACACUUUGGAAUUCGAUUUGGAGCGCGGCAUCAGCUCAUUUGACACCGUACUCGGCCAGUGCAUGUAUUUCGGACUCUCCUUCAGUCGCGUCGGUGCCGAUUUUCGUGGGCUAAUGGUGCCCAUCUUUUUGCGAGUUAUACGGCGUAAUUUCGGUAAUGGAAUCUCUACCGUGAAUCAAAGUUUCGCGCAAGAACUCGAACGUUACACGCUCAUUAAUAAAGUGACAUUGCAUACACGUGCACACAAAGUGGAUACGGCCAGCAAUAAUCCGACUACUGCACAGGAGCAGGAAUCGUAUGCACCGCCCGAGACGUUGCUGGAUUUCCAUCCGCUAGCCUCACUCUGCAAUGGCUACUUAAAUGCGCUGAACGAAUUGCGACUUUGUGCGCCCAUCGCCUUGGCGAAUGACGUCACACGCGCAUUACAAACUUCACUGGAAUUUGUCGCCACCAAAGUGUUGAGUUUCUAUCGGCAAGAGCAGCAAGCGUUCACCAGUGCCGAGCGUGAGACAUUCGUUAAGUUGUGUUCCAGUUUGGCUUACGAUUUAAUACCAUAUAUACAGCGUUGCAUACACGCUAUAUUUCCGCAACAGACAUUAACCAAUCAUUUGGGUAUUAAUUUGUUGACGUUGGAGCAAGAAGGGAUUACUUACUUGCAACAACAAAAGAUAUUGGAACCACUAAAACAUUUGUUGCCCAACAAAAUACCCGAAGUGCUGCUUAAGCAAGAGCAGGCGCCAACGACAGUGGAACCAGCGACAGCGCAGAGUGAUACGAGCGCUGUGUCUGCCGAAAGUUGAAGCGAAUAGCAGUAAAAUUUGGCAUAUACAUAACCAAUAAUAUACGCGUAUAACGAAAUAAACUUAAGUUGUCUUUAAGCUACAUAUUAAUAAAUAAUAUAUAUAUACAACGCUGCAUACAAAA